AUGGCCAACAGCAGUGUGACAAUAUUCGGUCAAAGUGCUGGAGGUUUGUCUGUGACUGACCUCGGUGCUGUAAAAGGAUCUGCUGGUCUCUAUCGAACAGCAAUAAGUGAAUCUGGCUUGGGUUCACCUGGAACAUCGUCAUCGUACUAUAAUAUAAGUUCCACUCUCAAUGCUUUGAAUUCAUUUGUUCAACGAUUGCAUUGUGAUUAUGAAGAUAGACAACGAUUACUUGCAUGCAUUCGCAAUGCUUCCUUUGAUGAUCUUUUGCACACAUAUGGUUCUCGAUAUACACGACCUAUUAUUGAGAAUUAUUUCUUUCCGUUGUAUCCACCAUUGGCAAUUAGUAGCGGUCAAUAUAAUAAUGUGAGUUUGAUCAUGGGUAAUAAUGACUAUGAACAACCGAUUUGUUUCGAACAUCCAUUGAUGACUUCGAGUGAAGCUUUAACAGAAAUUGCUGCUACUUUUCCUCCCGAACGAAGCCCAAUGAUCGCGGACUAUUACCAUUUGCAUAACUGUUCAAUGAGACCUACUGUUAAUGCUACUCGCUGCUAUGAUAUCGUUCGUCGAAUAUUAAUGGACUCUAUGUUUGACUGUGAUAUUCGUCGAUUAUUCAAUGCAUUUUAUGCAAAAUAUGGCGCACAGUAUGAACAGAAUAAAUUAUUCUCUUAUCAUUUGAACUGUUAUCCUCUAUGUCCUAUUGUACAGCAAGAAGGUAUAUGUCGCUAUUCAUCUGAAAUUCUAUUUGUAUUCGGAACUGUUAGUGACGUCGAUUCGCAACAGCAAUUUCAUUACAUCAAUUUCCGAAAUUUACAUUCCAAUGUCAGUGAGAGAAUGUCGAAACUCAUCGAAGCAUGGCGACCACUCCUGCGAAUGAAUUUAUUAUCUAUUGCAAUUACUCUUUUGAAUAUUGUGGCAACAACAUUACCAUUCAGUGCAGUGCUGUGUACUUCUACAGGCGAUCAUCGAAUAACUUUGAAUUUGUACAAUACAGUUACGGCUCGUAGUUCUUAUAGCAAAAGUGAUAUUACUACUUUAAUUCGAAAUGUGUUACAUUGUGUCGGGUGUGCCAACGGAGAAAAUGCUAACGUUUGUGUUGACGAAAUGACAAAAGCCGGACUGGUAAUUAUUUCGUUUUUAGCAUUUAUAACAACGCUCCAUGAGCGUAUUGAUCGGCCGUACGUUUGUGCAUUAGCCGGAAAAUCAACAAUUGUCGAAAAAAAAAUUUAUGGAAUGUUUUUUAAUUAG